AUGGAGAUGAAUCGAGAAAAACUGUGUACCAGUAAGGCUGAUGUGGGCUCAGAUUCUGCAUAUCAUUGCUCAACAUGUCAUGAUGAUGAGGAGUGGAGCAAUAGUAGCCGGGGACGAGCUAAGUCACGAAGUUUGUCUGCUUCACCAGCUCUAGGAAGCACCAAAGAAUUCCGGAGAACACGCUCCUUGCAUGGACCAUGCCCAGUGACUACAUUUGGACCAAAGGCCUGUAUGCUGCAGAAUCCUAAAACGAUUAUGCACAUUCAGGAUCCAGCAAGCCAGCGGUUGACAUGGAACAAACCUCCCAAGAGCGUCCUUGUUAUUAAAAAGAUACGUGAUGCCAGUCUGCUGCAGCCUUUUAAAGAGCUUUGUGUGUAUCUUACUGAGAACAAUAUGAUAGUGUAUGUAGAAAAAAAAGUAUUGGAAGACCCCGCUAUAGCUAAUGAUGAUAAUUUUGGACCAGUGAAGAAGAAAUUUUGUACCUUCAGAGAAGAUUAUGAUGAUAUCUCCAAUCAGAUAGACUUUAUCAUAUGCCUGGGAGGAGAUGGGACCUUGCUUUACGCUUCUUCGCUUUUCCAGGGUAGUGUACCUCCAGUUAUGGCUUUUCAUCUGGGAUCCCUUGGAUUUCUUACUCCAUUUAAUUUUGAGAAUUUUCAGUCCCAAGUCACUCAGGUUAUAGAAGGCAAUGCAGCACUUGUUCUACGAAGCAGGCUGAAAGUGAAAGUAGUAAAGGAGCACAGAGAGAAAAUGACAGUACAAAAUGGUAUAGAAGAAAAUGGAGUAGUGUCUACAAAUAUAGAGAAAGAAGUGGGCAAGCAAAUUAUGCAAUAUCAGGUCCUGAAUGAAGUUGUAGUAGAUCGUGGUCCUUCUUCUUACCUUUCCAAUGUAGAUGUCUUUCUAGAUGGACACCUGAUAACAACAGUGCAAGGAGAUGGAGUCAUUGUCUCCACGCCGACUGGUAGCACUGCAUAUGCAGCUGCAGCAGGAGCUUCUAUGAUUCAUCCAAAUGUUCCUGCAAUAAUGAUCACCCCAAUCUGCCCUCACUCGUUGUCUUUCAGACCUAUUGUUGUUCCUGCUGGAGUGGAACUCAAGAUUAUGCUCUCCCCGGAUGCCAGGAAUACAGCAUGGGUUUCAUUUGAUGGAAGGAAGAGGCAGGAAAUAUGCCAUGGAGACAGUAUUAGCAUCACUACCUCUUGCUAUCCCCUUCCUUCGAUCUGUUUCCGAGAUCCUGUGAGCGACUGGUUUGAAAGCUUGGCUGAGUGUUUACACUGGAAUGUUCGGAAGAAGCAAAAUAACUUUGCUGUUGAAGAAGAAGAAUUUUGAGUGUCUACAUCUAACAAGACUCAUGGGAAUGGAAAGUGGCAGUAUCCCUUCUAUAUGCUUGGAUUUUUAAGUUUUUGGCUAACAAGUGUGGUCACCAUCUCAGACAUAUAUAGUGAUUAUAGUUAUAUCUGUCUGACCUGCUGAUGGCUGGAAAUUAUUGUGCUACUUCCUGUCCACCAAGAGUGGGAAUGGAAGAAAUUAGGCUCUGAUUGUUGUAAUCCAGUGUGAAUUUCCCUCAGAUGAGCAAUCUGAAAAUUGAUUAUUUCUCAUUGGUAUUGACAACUGCAUCUGUAGAUUUGAUUGUAACCUAUAACUUACCAAUAACAUGGUAGGCUGAAUGUAGAUAUGCAAUAGAAAAGUGGCAGUAGGAAA